CUCUCUACUUCCGGGGCGCAGGCGACGUAGUAGCUGCAUCUCUUCCAGCUGCGACACCAGGAGGAUCUUGCGCCUUUUCCCGCGUACCUUUUCCUCUACAUUUGUCUGCCUCGGCCAACAACACUGCCAUGAACAAGAAGAAGAAGCCGUUCCUGGGCAUGCCCGCGCCGCUCGGCUACGUACCCGGGCUGGGUCGGGGUGCCACUGGCUUCACCACCCGAUCAGACAUUGGGCCUGCCCGGGAUGCAAAUGAUCCUGUGGAUGAUCGUCAUGCCCCACCAGGGAAGAGAACUGUGGGGGACCAGAUGAAGAAAAAUCAGGCUGCUGAUGAUGAUGAUGAGGAUCUGAAUGAUACCAACUAUGAUGAGUUUAAUGGCUAUGCGGGGAGCCUCUUCUCGAGUGGGCCCUAUGAGAAAGAUGAUGAGGAAGCAGAUGCUAUUUAUGCAGCUCUGGAUAAAAGGAUGGAUGAAAGAAGAAAAGAAAGAAGAGAGCAAAGGGAGAAAGAAGAGAUUGAGAAAUACCGAAUGGAGCGUCCCAAAAUCCAGCAGCAAUUUUCAGAUCUCAAGAGGAAGUUGGCAGAGGUCACAGAAGAAGAGUGGCUGAGCAUCCCAGAGGUUGGCGAUGCCAGAAACAAACGUCAACGGAAUCCACGCUAUGAGAAGCUGACCCCUGUUCCUGACAGUUUCUUUGCCAAACAUUUACAGACUGGAGAGAACCACACUUCUGUGGAUCCUCGACAAACCCAAUUUGGAGGUCUGAACACACCCUAUCCAGGUGGCUUGAACACUCCAUACCCUGGUGGAAUGACACCGGGGCUGAUGACACCUGGUACAGGGGAGCUGGACAUGAGGAAGAUUGGUCAAGCAAGAAAUACCCUGAUGGACAUGAGGCUUAGCCAGGUAUCUGACUCAGUGAGUGGGCAAACUGUUGUGGACCCCAAAGGCUAUCUGACAGAUCUAAAUUCUAUGAUCCCAACCCAUGGAGGGGAUAUAAAUGACAUUAAGAAGGCACGGCUACUUCUCAAAUCUGUUCGAGAAACAAACCCUCAUCACCCACCAGCUUGGAUUGCAUCAGCUCGCCUGGAAGAAGUCACUGGAAAGCUACAAGUGGCUCGGAACCUUAUUAUGAAAGGGACAGAGAUGUGUCCCAAGAGUGAAGAUGUCUGGCUAGAAGCAGCCAGGUUACAGCCUGGGGACACAGCCAAGGCUGUGGUGGCACAAGCUGUCCGUCAUCUCCCACAGUCUGUUAGGAUUUACAUUAGAGCAGCAGAGCUAGAAACAGACAUUCGGGCAAAGAAGCGUGUUCUUCGGAAAGCCCUUGAGCAUGUUCCAAACUCUGUUCGAUUGUGGAAAGCAGCCGUUGAGCUUGAAGAGCCUGAAGAUGCUAGAAUCAUGUUGAGCCGAGCAGUGGAGUGCUGUCCCACCAGCGUGGAGCUUUGGCUUGCUUUGGCAAGGCUGGAAACUUAUGAAAAUGCUCGCAAGGUCUUAAAUAAAGCACGUGAGAACAUUCCUACAGACCGGCACAUCUGGAUCACAGCUGCCAAGCUUGAGGAGGCCAAUGGGAACACUCAGAUGGUGGAGAAGAUCAUUGACCGAGCCAUCACCUCCCUGCGGGCCAAUGGUGUGGAAAUCAACCGGGAACAGUGGAUCCAGGAUGCUGAAGAGUGUGACAGGGCAGGGAGUGUGGCUACUUGCCAGGCAGUCAUGCGUGCAGUAAUUGGUAUCGGGAUUGAGGAGGAGGACCGCAAGCAUACCUGGAUGGAAGAUGCUGACAGUUGCGUGGCUCACAGUGCCCUGGAGUGUGCACGGGCCAUCUAUGCCUAUGCCCUGCAAGUCUUCCCCAGCAAGAAGAGUGUGUGGUUACGAGCUGCGUACUUUGAGAAGAACCAUGGUACCAGGGAGUCUCUGGAAGCACUCCUGCAAAGGGCUGUGGCCCACUGCCCCAAGGCAGAGGUGCUGUGGCUCAUGGGUGCCAAAUCCAAGUGGCUGGCAGGGGAUGUACCUGCAGCAAGGAGCAUCUUGGCCCUGGCCUUCCAGGCCAAUCCCAACAGCGAAGAGAUCUGGCUGGCGGCUGUGAAGCUGGAGUCAGAGAACAAUGAAUACGAGCGAGCCCGGAGGCUGCUGGCCAAGGCACGGAGCAGCGCACCCACUGCCCGUGUGUUCAUGAAGUCUGUGAAGCUGGAGUGGGUGUUGGGGAACAUCACUGCUGCCCAGGAACUAUGUGAGGAGGCUCUGAGGCACUAUGAAGACUUUCCCAAGCUGUGGAUGAUGAAGGGGCAAAUUGAAGAGCAGGGGGAACUGAUGGAGAAGGCACGGGAGGCCUAUAAUCAGGGGCUGAAGAAAUGUCCUCACUCCACACCACUGUGGCUCUUACUCUCCCGGCUAGAGGAAAAGAUUGGGCAGCUAACUCGUGCUCGGGCCAUUUUGGAGAAGUCUCGUCUAAAAAACCCAAAGAAUCCUGGGCUAUGCCCAGGCUGCCGGAGGCACAACAGUAAGUGACAGCUUCUAUGAGGCUUCACAGUCCCUUCCUUGGAAGAGCUGGGUCUAGAUGGUGAGUGGGCUUCUGGUGAAGGACUCUAAGAUGUCAGGGAAUGAAACUGAAAAAGUGGACUAUAGAAGAGGUACCAUAGGCAAGACCUUGAGGAACAUGAAGAAACUUGCCAGAGGGAGCAGAGUAUGGUGGUGUGCACCUGUAAUCCUAGUUACCUGGGAGGUUAAAACAGGAGGGUAGUGAGUUAUGCCAGCUUGGACCACGUUGCAUUACAGGUAAUGGAUGCAGAGUCCAGCCAGGGGUUAGGCUGGAAUGAGAGGACACUGCUGAGGAGGUAGUUCUUAGGUGCCUCUCAUGUGAUAAUCCAGUAUGGUCUGGGUUCAUUCUGAUGUUUUCACUUAUAUUUGGAUCCUAUGGGGCCUGGAAUCUCAGAUGCAGCUGCUGCCUUAGUACCAGGCUGUGGAUACCAAUGCUGCUAUAUCUGAACAGUAUGGAUUUCCAGCCACUUUCCAGGAGACAAAAGCCUUCCUUUGCUGGCAAGAGGUUCAGUGGAAAGAGUGCUUGCUGAGCAAGCCUGGCAAUCUCUGGAACCCAUUGGGAGCAGUGGUGGGAGCAGUUUCCAAAAGUGGUCCUCUGUCUUCCACAUGUGUGUGGUGGCACAUGUACACAUGCAUGACAACAAUAAUAAAGUAAAAAUUAUAAAAGACUUUUAAAAGGGUCUCUGGCAGAAGGCCAACUGGAGUAGUUGGUUGUGCUAUGAUAGGUGGGGCUGGGACAUCCCUGGGC